AUGGUGGCUCUCUCAAAGCCCGCUAUCCAACAGUACACCAAUCCCAAAAACGUAACCACAUUUUCCUCGGACGACGUCCCAUUGAUCGACCUUUCCCGGCCCGACCCAAAGGCCCAACUCGUCAAGGCCUGUGAAGACUUCGGCUUCUUCAAGGUCAUCAACCAUGGGGUGUCGUCUCAUAUUAUCAACGACCUUCAAUCGGAGGCCCUCAGAUUUUUCUCUUUGCCACAGCCAGAUAAGGAGAAGGCCGGGCCGCCAAGCCCGUUUGGGUACGGUGACAAGAGAAUCGGCCCAAAUGGAGAUGUGGGCUGGGUCGAGUACUUGCUCCUAAACGCCGGUGAUCAAUCGGCCCAUCAUAGGUUCGGGUCGGUUUUUGGCGAGGCUGCUGAUAAUUUCCGGUGA